ACUUAAUCUACGUCAGCUUCUGUGAAUGUCUGAAUGAUGUAUUUAAAUACAUCUGGUCAAUGCAUGCAUGUGCUCCACUGGUGGUCAACCAAAUUAUUUCUCUUUCUCUCACCAGAUCGAGUUUUCCCAGCAAACCCGGGAAGCUUUCAGAAACACAGGGUGGUAUCGCCAUGGAAACCAUCACCAUUCCUUCAAUAGCUUCGAGUAUCGGGGCAAGAGAGCGCCGUGCGGUCUGGAGGGCCCUCCUACAUAAAGGACCCCCGUUGAAACAGACCAACACACCGGCCAAUCAAAACAGGGAACAUUUCCAGGAAUAUCGGCACGUCCUCAGAGGGUCACGCAGUUACCCACAGGGUCAGCUGAAGCGUGUGGGAUGUGUCCUCGGCACAUGCCAGGUACAAAACCUCAGCCACCGUCUCUACCAGCUGAACAGACAAAACGGACGGCAAGAUGCACCAAUCAAUCCCAGAAGUCCACAUAGUUAUGGAUAAGACUAGGACUGACCACACAGCAAAAACCUAUCCAAAAAUGUGACAACAGAAGACCACCGACACCAGCGGGCAACCAACUCAACAACUGGCGUAAUCAAUUUACAGGUGUCCUGUCAUGAGAAAUCAAAUUCUCUUGAUCGUUUGAAAUAAAAGAGUUCAAUGUGCUUACUGUAACUUUAA